AUGGUGACCCUUACCCUUAUGUUCCUGGCUGUGGGCUUCGGGUUGGCCCGUGCCGAAAACCAGGGACUGGACUGGGACUUGGGCAACUUUAACACUGUGCUGAUACGGUAAGGGGUUUUUGGUGGCUGUCUUGAGCAGCAUACUUCAAUGUGUAAUGUACACAAACUGCUCCACACACACACACACACACACACACACACACACACACACACACACACGUGUGCACACUAAUACUAUGUCUCCCUCUCACUCACACAAACGCACACACCACUCUCUCCCUAACCCUCUCUCUCUCAUCCCUCUGUAUAGGAUGACUGUGCUGUUGCUGGUGUGUCUGACCCAGUCCUGGCUCCUGUGGAAGUUUAUCCGUUUCCAGCUGAGGCGGUGGCGAGAGUUCCGACAUGAACAGGCCGCUAGGAAGAAGGCCGCCGCCAAGCAAACCCCCCGACCGCUUAAGAGAGACUCCCGUGAGUGGAGACGCACACACUUUGGAAUGGGUUUAUACCACCUCUUAUGACAUUGUUCAAGAUCAGUAGGGGAUUUAUAACAAGAGUUGUCAAGUUAGAAGAUAGUCAAUCGUAUGAGUUGAAGCCAUUCUAUUGCAGCGAACAAUAACAUGUUGAUUAUCUGACUAUUUGUUAAUGUGUGUAUGCCCUCUUCUCCUCCCUCCCUCUUCCAGUUGGCCACCAUGAAAAUGGCGUGAUCAAAGCCGAGAAUGGAGCCUCCCCUCGGCCCAAGAAGAUCAAGGCCCCCUAA